AUCUGGACGUCAAGCUGGAAUUCACAUCCUUUCUCCCCCGAUUCUACCGAGAGGAUACACUAAAGAAAGAAUAGCUAUAAGGUUGCUUCUGCUUUGUCCAAAGAUCCCACCAUCCUGUCUCCUAAAACAUCUGCUCACUUUGUCAUGAUUAACUUUGUGGCAUGGUUGUUCAUGCUCCAGCUCAUUCCUGGUCCGGUUCAAACACAACCAGGGACAACCCCCAACAUCAAACACAUCGUGGUGGGAAGAUGCUUCACCUACACCACACUCAUCAACUCCAGCUUAAGCUACGACUGUGAGGAGAUCUGGAGACACUUCGAGGAGGCGGUUAUCCAUCACCCCACCUGCAACGUGAAAGUCCAACACUACCACAAGAUGUUCAAUGCAAUGGAGGAGUUCUGGCCCUGUGACAGGUUUCUUUUCUGGAGCAAAACCAGGACUCUGAUGCACAGCUAUGCCGCUGUUUUCCGCCACUUCUGGACACUGGAGAACACGCUGGUUGGCUUCAUGUUCAAUGAACUCAUCUGGUGCGGUCAAGAAGAAGAAUCCGGUUUUGAUUUUGACUCCUGUCCCGAGUGGUCGGCGUGUGGAGAUCAUCCAGUCUUCUCCCUGUGGAGGCAGGCCUCACAAAAGUUUGCAGAGAUGGCGUGUGGCAACAUUACGGUUCUGUUAAACGGAUCUAUUGCUGAUGCCUUCAACAGGAAGAGCAUGUUUGGAAGUGUUGAACUGGACAGUUUAAACCCCCAAAGAGUGGACCAUGUGAACAUUAAAGUGGUGACCAACCUGGAGGGACCAAACAUAGAAUCCUGUAGCCGGGGAUCGAUUACUGACCUAAUCCAAAUUCUUCAGUCGAGGGGUUUUCGCUGGACUUGCACAGACAGCGACCAGACCCUGAUGGCUCUUCAGUGCAUCCAGAACCAGAUGUUCUCCUACCAGACGUGUGCAAACAGCUUCCAGUGAACAAGCAGCGUUUCUGAUCCAAUCCACUGAGAUAUGAGACUGAGACCAGGAUCAGCAGAAGUUCUGGUCCAAUACUCAUCAGCAAACUGCCCCAACUGUCUCAGAUUUGAACGUCUCCAUCUCCUUCCACAUCAGAAGGACACACCAGAACAGUCUAAAGUUCUGCUCUGAACCACUCUAGAGGUUUUGGGUUCUUUUCAGGGGUUUGUGGUUGUUUUCAUGUUUGGCCCUAUUUGCUUGCAUUAGAAAAUCACAAAACCCUAUAAACUUCUCCACCAACAUCCUUCUCUAAGACGCUCAGACUGAGAGGUGACCACAGAUUCUCUGCUUCAAAUAAGAUCAGACAGUUUUAUCUCAAAACUCCGAUUUAAUGUUAUUAUCUUUCAUUUUCUGUUUCACUCUUAGUAUGAGUGAAAUGUUGCAGUACAUUAACAUCAGAUCUGUGCUUUCACAUCCUCUCCUUCAUGCAGGAUCAACACAAGCUGAGUAACACAAUUCUUUAACUGGUUUUCAUUUCCCAUUUUCUUCUAUGACCUUCCUCCGUUUUAUAUUAAAGAAGAAAGGAAAUUAUCUACUGGAGGUCAUAAAAUGUUCAAAUCAGCAGGAAGAUCUGCAACAAGAGAAGAAGUUGCAGGUAGUUGGUUAUUCCAAGUGUUAUGAAAAGUUGAAGAACCAUCUGACUAUAGAAAGUCAUUUUUUUCCUUUGGUUUCACUUUAGAUCUUCCAGAAACACUAUUUUUACAAAGCUGAAUUAAGAAAAUAUUCAAACCCUAAAUACAGGGGACAUGAAAAAAGUUGCACCCAAAGAAAAACUUUUUUUUUUAAUAAAACCUUAUUGUUUCAUAUAAAAAAAGUUCUGAGAUUCCACAGAUAAUCCAGUGUUGGAUUAAAUAUGAUGGGAACAAAUAAGCAGCCAAGACAAGAAUAAACUGUAAAAAUGUCCUCUUGACAUCCUACAGACACAUUCUGACUUGCAACGGGACCAGAUUGCACCAUCUCAACAACCCCCAUCAGGAAGCCCACGGUUUCACUUCCUGUACAUGAUGCGUGAAGCAAAAAGUGUGCAACUUUUUUAAUGUUUUUGUACCUCUGCAGUCAUCUACCUGGAGUGUUUGUGAGUGGGUUGGUACUGUGAAUCUUCCGUUGGUGCCUGUUGCCCAACACUGACAGAUUGAUCGUUCUGAUAACUUCUUGUCUGAUGUUAUCAAUGUUCAGCGUGAUUAUAUGCCCCUCCUCCAAAUUCUGCAGAAAAUCUGUUUUUUUUUUUUUUGUCAUCUUGGAAUGUACUAUGCAAUUCCAGUAGUGACAAGAGAUUUAUGGAUAAAACAUUCAAUGCCAAGUACCAAAACCAAUGUUAUUUUUAACUAUAAAAGUAGAACUACCUGCGAUAAUGCUAGUGUGAAUGUUUUUUACUGACAGUAGUCGCUUAAGCUUUUUGCUAUAGGGAUUUGCUGAAAAUGCAAAAGCUAUUGCCAAUUUUGCUAAAGAUCUAUGAAAGAGCGCUGACCUAAAUUUCUGAAAAAUGUGUAGUAAAAUUUCUU